AUGAACCUGGCUGACCUGACCUGGGAGCCAAGAGACUCCCCAGGCCCCCGGAAACCCCUCUCCAGCAGAGUCCUCGCCAGCCCCUCCCCUCCCCUGUCCCAGGCUCCCGGAAACCCCACCCAGGGUCUGGGCUGGAGCUUUUCAUCAGUGCUCCAGGCGGUCACCCUGAAGCAGGCACUGCGGGGCCAGGCCAGCAGCAGCCUGUGGUUGCCUCAUCAGGAGCCUGAGAAGUGGGGACGCGGGGGUGGCCUGUCCGAGAUGGCCUCAGAGGAGCCCCUCCGGCCCCCACCCAGCGUGUCCCCGGGGAAGGAUGACAGCAUGGCAGACCCGCUGGACUUCCUGGAGGUUGGCAACUUCCAGCCACUCACCCGCGAAUCUUUGGCGGCCAUCGAGGCACGGGCUGAAGAGAGAAAGUCUGCAAGGGCCCAGCAGGGGGCAGAGGCCCCAGACCCCAAGGAGGAGAAGCUGCGGCCACAACUGGUGCUCAAGGCCUGCAACCAGCUGCCCAAGUUCUAUGGGGAGCUGCCCCCCGAGCUGGUGGGGGUGCCUCUGGAGGACAUGGACCCGUUCUACAGCACCAGAAAGACCUUCAUGGUACUGAACAAAGGGAGAACCAUAUUCCGAUUCAGUGCCACCAACGCCCUGUUUGUGCUGAGUCCGUUCCACCCCAUCAGGAGAGUUGCCGUCAAAGUUUCCGUCCACAAAUACUUCAGCCUCUUCAUCAUGGCCACCAUUCUGGCCAACUGCGUCUUCAUGACCCAAGCUGACCCUCCUCCAUCGGCCGAGUACACAUUCACUGGUAUCUACACAUUUGAAUCAUUAAUAAAAAUCCUGGCCCGCGGAUUUUGUCUGAAUGAAUUCACUUAUCUGCGGGACCUGUGGAACUGGCUGGAUUUCCUCGUCAUUCUCCUGGCGUACCUUUCAGAAUUUGUGGAUUUGAAAGGCGUCUCAGCCCUGCGCACAUUCCGCGUGUUCAGAGCCCUGAAAACUGUGUCGGUCAUCCCAGGGCUGAAGGUGAUCGUGGGAGCCCUGAUCCACGCAGUGAGGAAGCUGGCGGACGUCAUGGUUCUCACCGUCUUCUGCCUGAGCGUGUUUGCCCUAGUGGGACUGCAGCUCUUCAAGGGGAACCUGAAGAACAACUGUGUGAAGAACUGCUCCGCCCUCAACCUCACUGAGGAAGGGACGCCCAUCAAUCGGACGUGGGACUUCUGCAGUAAAGACCAAGAUUAUCGUGCCUUGAAGAACGGGACUCAGGAUUAUUUACUGUGUGGCAACAGCACAGAUGCAGGCCAAUGCCCCCAGGGUUAUUGGUGCCAGAAGAUGGGCUCCAACCCUGACUACGGCUACACGAGCUUCGACUCCUUCAGCUGGGCCUUCCUCUCUCUCUUCCGUCUGAUGACGCAGGAUUACUGGGAGCGACUCUACCAGCAGACUCUCAGGGCGUCCGGCAAAGUCUACAUGAUCUUCUUCGUGCUGGUCAUCUUCUUGGGCUCCUUCUACCUGGUGAACCUGAUCCUCGCUGUGGUGACCAUGGCAUACGAGGAGCAGAACAAGGCCACUAUCGCGGAGACUGAGGAGAAAGAGAGAAAGUUCCAGAAGGCUCUGGAGGUGCUAAAGAAGGAGCACGAGGCCCUGGAAGCCCUGGGGAUUGAUGCAGCCUCUCUGACCUCGCUGGAGACGUCGCCCCAUGCCUCCAGGCUGACCAAGGGGCGGAAGAGCUGGCGCCAGCCGCGGGGGAAGCUAUCGGAGGCAGACGACCACCAAGACGGCGCCAGGGCCUCCGAAUCAGAAGCGCAGCCCGGCCAGAGGAGGAUGUCUGCCCUGGGACUCAGCCACGGCCCCUGUGGGAGCCCGGCCAAGCGCAGGACCAGCCACGGCAGCGUGUUCACCUUCCGGCCCCGGGGCAGGGACGGCUCGGCCACGGAGGCCUCGGAGGACGACGGCAGCUUUUCCGGGGAGAACGAAAGCCGCCAGGAGGCCUUGCGCCUGGCACAGAUGGACAGGAACCUCAGCGUCCAGGACCUGGCCGCCGUCGGAGCCCGGAGGAAGAACCGGCUGUCGGCCCAAACCUUGUCCCCGGACUACCUGGAUGAACCCCUGCGGCUGCAGCGGGCCGUGAGCGUGGUCAGCGUCAUCACCUCGGUGUUGGAAGAGCUGGAGGAGUCGGAGCAGCGCUGCCCGCCAUGCCUGAGCCGCAUGGCCAGCAAGUACCUUGUGUGGGACUGUGGGCCGCGCUGGCGGCGGUUCAAGCUGACGGUGCGGGCGGUGGUGACGGACCCCCUGGUGGAGCUGGCUGUCACCGGCUGCAUCGUGCUCAACACGCUCUUCAUGGCCAUGGAGCACUACAAGAUGACAGAGACGUUCAAGCUGCUGCUCCACGUCGGCAACCUGGUUUUUACCGGGAUUUUCACGGCUGAAAUGGUCUUCAAGGUCAUCGCCCUGGACCCCUACUACUACUUCCAGACCAGCUGGAACAUCUUUGACAGCAUCAUCGUGAUCCUGAGCCUCAUGGAGCUGGGGUUGCCCAAAAAGGGCAGCCUGUCCGUCCUGCGUUCCUUCCGCUUGCUGAGGGUCUUCAAACUGGCCAAGUCAUGGCCGACGCUCAACACCCUGAUCAAGAUCAUCGGGAACUCGGUGGGGGCUCUGGGGAACCUGACUCUGGUGCUGGCCAUCAUCGUCUUCAUCUUCGCUGUGGUCGGCAUGCAGCUGUUCGGGAAUUCCUUCAACAACUGCACCAAGACCAACGUCACUCAGUGCAACAGGGAGAAUUCCCGGCGCUGGCACAGCGACUUCUUCCACUCCUUCCUCAUCGUAUUCCGCAUCCUGUGCGGCGAGUGGAUUGAGAACAUGUGGGAAUGCAUGGAGAAGGCCCAAAAACCCUUGUGCCUAAUCAUCUUCUUGCUUGUCAUGGUCAUCGGCAACCUGGUGGUGCUAAACCUGUUCAUUGCGCUGCUGCUCAACUCGUUCAGCGCGGACAACCUGCUGGCCCCCGAGGAAGACAGCGAGCUAAACAACCUGCACGUGGCGCUGGCCCGGGUGCGGGCCGCUGUGCUGGGGGCCGAGAGAGCCGGCCCCACCAAGCCCGGCAGCCCCCCAAUCACCUGGGGCCUGAGUCUUUUGGAGUUCAGGGAAGGACGGGAAGGCCGGUGGCGGGACGGGCCCCCAAUUGGGGAAGUGCGGCAGUGGACGUCCUGUUGGGGAGGUGGAUGGUUUUGUUGUCUGGCCCUGGCCUGGUCGUCCACGGUGCCCAUCGCAGAGGCAGAGUCCGACAUUGAAGAUGGGGAGGACGAGGGCGACAGCCAAGAUCGUCACAGUGCCAACUCCCCUCCUGCUUCACCCAGGCCGAAACUCGACGACACCAGCAGUUCGGAGGGCAGCACAGUAGUUGUCCCGGAUGCAGAGGAGUUAGUCAAGCAGAUCGCCGAGCUGGCAGAAGUGUUGGAGGAGCCAGAGGACUGCUGCACUGAAGGCUGCCGCAGCCGCUUCCCCUGCUGCGUAGGAGACCCCAGCUCCCGGGCCAGCCUCCUCUGGUGGCGCCUGAGGAAGACCUGCUUCCUGGUGGUUGAGCACAGCUGGUUUGAGAGCUUCAUCAUCUUCAUGAUCCUGCUGAGCAGUGGCGCCCUGGCAUUUGAAGACAUUUACCUGGAAGGGAGGCAAACCGUGAAAGCUGUGCUGGAGUACGCUGACCUGCUCUUCACAUACAUCUUCGUCCUGGAGAUGCUGCUCAAGUGGGUGGCCUAUGGCUUCCAGAAGUACUUCACCAAUGCCUGGUGCUGGCUGGACUUCCUCAUAGUGGACGUGUCUCUGAUCAGCCUGGUGGCCAACGCUCUGGACUACUCCGAGAUAGGUCCGAUCAAGUCUCUCAGGACACUCCGUGCCCUGCGGCCCCUUAGGGCUCUGUCCCGCUUUGAGGGGAUGAGGGUGGUGGUGGACGCCCUGGUGGGGGCCAUCCCAUCCAUCAUGAACGUGCUGCUGGUCUGCCUCAUCUUCUGGCUUAUCUUCAGCAUCAUGGGAGUCAACCUGUUCGCCGGCAAGUUCGGACGCUGCAUCAACCAGACGGGGGACAACUGGGAAAGCCCCUUGGACUCUUCCCUCGUCAACAACAAGAGCGAGUGUGAGGGGCUAAACGCCACAGGUGACCUCAAGUGGAUCCAGGUCAGAGUCAACUUUGACAACGUGGGACUGGGCUACCUCGCCCUCCUGCAGGUGGCGACGUUCAAAGGCUGGAUGGACAUCAUGUAUGCUGCAGUGGAUUCCCGCAAGGAGGAAGAGCAGCCUAUUUGGGAGGUCAACCUCUACAUGUACCUCUACUUCGUCAUUUUCAUCAUCUUUGGCGGCUUCUUCACACUCAACCUCUUUGUUGGUGUCAUCAUUGACAACUUCAACCAGCAGAAGAAAAAGCUAGGGGGCCAAGAUAUCUUCAUGACGGAGGAGCAGAAGAAGUAUUACAAUGCCAUGAAGAAGCUCGGCUCCAAGAAGCCUCAGAAGCCCAUUCCCCGGCCGCUGAACAAGUACCAGGGGUUCCUGUUUGACAUCGUCACCAAUCAGGCCUUUGAUGUCACCAUCAUGGUCCUCAUCUGCCUCAACAUGGUGACCAUGAUGGUGGAGACAGAUGACCAGAGUGAAGGGAAGACCAACAUCCUCGCCAAGAUCAACCUGCUCUUCGUAGCCAUCUUCACCGCCGAGUGUUUGGUCAAGAUGGUUGCUCUGCGCCACUACUACUUCACCAACGGCUGGAAUGUGUUUGAUUUGAUCGUCGUGGUCCUUUCCAUCGGCAGCCUUGUACUUUCUCGUAUCAUUAAAAGCCUUGAAAAUUAUUUCUCCCCCACACUCUUCCGGGUUAUCCGCUUGGCUCGCAUCGGUCGCAUCCUGAGGUUGGUCCGUGCAGCCAAGGGCAUCCGCACCCUCCUCUUCGCCCUGAUGAUGUCGCUGCCGGCCCUGUUCAACAUCGGCCUGCUGCUCUUCCUGGUCAUGUUCAUCUACUCCAUCUUCGGCAUGGCCAACUUCGCCAACGUCAAGUGGGAUAAGGGCAUCGACGACAUGUUCAACUUCCAGACGUUUGCCAACAGCAUGCUCUGCCUCUUCCAGAUCACCACGUCAGCCGGCUGGGAUGGUCUUCUGAACCCCAUCCUUAGCACAGGACCCCCUUUCUGCAACCCGAACAUCAGAACCCACAACCGCUCCUUCAGUGACUGUGGCAGCCCUGCCAUCGGGAUUGGGUACUUUGUCAGCUACAUCAUCAUCUCCUUCCUUAUUGUGGUGAACAUGUACAUCGCCGUAAUCCUGGAGAACUUUAGCGUGGCCACGGAGGAGAGCACCGAGCCGCUGAGCGAGGAUGACUUUGACAUGUUCUAUGAGGUCUGGGAGAAGUUCGACCCCGAGGCCUCACAGUUCAUCCAGUUCACAGUCCUGUCGGACUUUGCUGACACCCUGCCUGAGCCCUUGCGCAUUCCCAAGCCCAACCAGAAUAAGCUGAUGAUGAUGGACCUGCCGAUGGUGAGCGGAGACCGGAUCCACUGCAUGGACAUCCUGUUUGCCUUCACUAAGCGUGUGCUGGGAGAGUCAGGCGAGAUGGAUACCCUGAAGAUCCAGAUGGAGGACAAGUUCAUGGUGGCCAACCCAAGCAAGGUGUCCUAUGAGCCCAUUGCCACAACUCUGAGGCUGAAGCAGGAGGAGGUGUCAGCUGUGGUCAUCCAGCGGGCAUUCCGUAGCCACUUGUUGCAGCAGGCGAUGAGGCGAGGUCCCACGAUGCCUGGCCUCGGAGGCUGGAAGGAGGGGGAAGGAGAGGAGGAGGAAGAGCCAGCGGCGCUGGAGCAGUCCACCUCCUCCUUGUCCUUCCCCCCAUCCUAUGACAGCGUCACCCGGGGUCUGAGUGAGGCUGGACAGCCUGGUUCCAGGUUCGAGCCGCACUUUCGGGCCUCGUCUGGAGCCUCAGCCUUCUCGGGACAAGAUCCAGAGUCCUCCGAUGACCUGGGCCCAAGCCAGGAGCCCACUGCCCUCUCGGGACACAAUGUGGAAUCGACUGAUCUUGUGGGACAUGACCUGAAGUGCCCCCUCACCCCAGGACACCACCAGAGCCUCCGCUGAGCACCAUGUCUGAGCUCCGCUCCCUCUGGACCCGCUCAGGGAGUGCCUGGUGCUGUGGGCCGGCACCUCUCACCACUUCCCCUCCCA